AUGACCAGAAACAGUGAAAGAAUCAUUGAAAUAGUGAACAAAACUUUUCUGGAGGGUGAAAAGAUGGCCCCAGAAGACAUGAUGUUUUCCUACAGAGGUAUUUCAUACCCAUCUACAAUUACCAGCCCAGAGACUUUGGAAGCUCUGAAAUCCUUUGAAGCCAGGAGUGAUGAUGUGAUUCUAGUAGGUUAUCCUAAAACAGGAACCAAUUGGCUUGAACAAAUGGUGAAGGAGUUGGCAGAUGCCAAAUAUACAGAAGAGCAAAUUAAAGAGAGAAUAGAUGCUGAAAAGAAGCUAGAGACAUUUCAGCGUCUAGAAAUGGGGGAUCCUGGAGUAUAUGAGAGGAUGAAGCAGCUUCCUUCCAGAAGAAUUAUAGUAACCCAUCUGAGAGCUGAUUUGCUGCCUCCAUCCAUUUUCCAAAGCAAGGCUAAGAUCCUUGUGCUAGUUCGUAACCCCAAGGACACGGCUGUCUCCUAUUACCACUUCAGCAACAACCUACCAGUUUCGCCAUCCUUCGACUCCUGGGAUGAGUUCUUUGCAGACUUCAUGAAUGGAAAACUGGCCUGGGGAUCCUACUUUGACCACCUAGCAGAAUGGAACAAACACAUUGACAAUGACAGGAUCAUGACAAUAAGCUACGAGGAACUCAAAGAGGACCCCAUACUGGGGAUGAAAAAGAUUGCUUCCUUUUUUGGAUUUUCCCUGUGUGAGGAAGAUUUUUCCAGAAUUGCCAAGAAUACCACUUUCAAAGCUAUGAAAGAGAAAUCCAGUGAAACCCAUGGAAAGUUUGGGGACGUCCUCUUCCGGAAAGGGGUUGUUGGAAACUGGAGAGAUGUCUUCUCUAAAGCUCAGAAUGAAGAAAUGUACCGGAAAUUUCAAGAUUCCUUAGGAGGAACAAAGAUUGCAGAAAAGAUAAAAUAUGAUGUGUACUGCAAGGCCUGA